ACCAUGGCGCCUUGCUCUCGGACGCCGGCAGAGGUGACUUACUAGUCGGCUGCAGGCGGCCCUACCUCGCUCCAGGGAGACCGACAGGUCGGCUGUCGCGUGCUGGGUCCAGCGCACCCGGAACACUUGGCUUGGUUUUCUCGGCCGUCAUCGGCGGCGGGGGCCGAGGGGGGACUCUGUACGGAAAAGUCGGGAUUCAAAUGGAGUUGGACGAGCCGUCGCGACCGGGUGGCGCAGCCAGGCGGUUUCUUUCAGCUUGCCUAUGCCGGGGCAAAAUGACGCUGGAAAAGGGAGAGAGAGAAAAAAGACAGGCCGAGGUCAGGUGUCGCCAUCGCUCUGAAUCGGCCGAAUUGGAUGGUGUCGGUGGCUGUGAGGCCAGGGCUUGGCCAACGAGAGGUGCAGCUACAGCUACAGGGAGGUGAUCGUCGCUGCUAUUUUCGGAUUUCUGCAAUCACCAAAAGCUGGAGAGGAGACCUCGUUCCCGUGUAAACUGUGCAGCCGGACUGGCCGAGAUACACAAAACUUGUGGUCUCGAUAAGAGAAACAGAAACCCACGAACACUGAGAACAGGAAAGGAAGUGUGUGUGCACGAUGAGCCCAGGCAAUGAAUGAGAGUCCUUCCAAACCAACGUCACCCGUUCUCAACACUAGACCUCAUUAAACUCCCAACUUGGCCCAUCAACGCGCCUAGCUGCUUACCUAGGUACAUGCCGUAGGUGUGCUUAUGGGUAGCCUGAGGUAGGCUGCCCUAUCAGGUGCAAAAGCGAACCCGAUAGCGACGGCCAAGCGAAAGCGAGGUGCCGGCAGAUCCACAGCCGCGCGGUUGUGUGGCUGUCACUGCCGUUCAGUGGGCAUGUGAAGGAGCCCAAACCCUGCCCCCUAACCCCACGCUGGUGGCUGAUUAGCGGCGUCAGACGUAGCCUGAUAGUUUAAGCUAGUGGCACAUCUUGGAGCAGCCCUGGACCAGUAUUGGCUAUGCGCGCUCAAGGCCUCGCAUCGUGCUAGGGCGGCCGGUGGUAGGCAUAUAGGAUUAGAGUGCCUAUACCAGCCCGGUGAUGUGCGGUUGGCGGGGCCAUGGGGGCAUUGGCUACCUCAUCUUCACAGCCCGGCCAUGCAAGCGUCUGAGCCUGGUGAUGUAGAGGAUGGCUACGCUGAUGGGCGGCAGCUAUAAAGACAUGCUCGCCUAGUGGCAAGUGUGGCCAAGAGGAAAACAGUUUGGCUCACAUCCGCCUUGGCUGUCCAGUCUGUUCAGUUACUGCCCCUAUAACCUCAGCUAUCAUUGCUUUGCAAGCUCCUCUCACCAGCGCGCUCCCUCAGUCUUACACGCCUGCAUAACUUUACUGCUCUUCUCGUCGUGACAUCAACCCCUCCUUCAGACGCAGCGAUCCCACCACAGCAAUAAUGGCCCAACUAACCACGCACAACCGCAUCUCGAUCGCCGAGAUAUGCGUGUACACACCGUCGCUGGCAGUGGCCAUCGUGCUGGCCAUACGGCACGGCUUCAAGCGCUCGUCGGGCUGGCUCUACCUGAUCCUAUUCUCCGUCAUUCGCCUGCUCGCGGCCUCGUUGCAGCUCGCCACCAUCAACAACCCGGACAACAUCGGCCUCAUCGUCGGCGCCAUGUCCCUGCAGGCCGCCGGGCUCUCUCCCCUGAUCCUCGUCUCUGUCGGGCUCCUUGGCCGCGUCUCGGCGAACAUUACCAAGAGCACCAGCAAGGCCGGCCUCCCCCAUCGCGUCUUCCGGCUGCUCCAGGUCGUCGUCAUGAUCGGCCUCAUCCUGUCCAUCAUCGGAGGGAACAAGUUGGGCGACAAGAUCGGCGACCUUGAAGCCCAGCCCGGCGGCACAUCUGACGGUCUCGGCUCCCUGCAGAUCCCGACCGAGUCGCAGGCUGGCAUCGGCUUGAUGCUGGCCGGCUUCGGCAUCCUGGUCGGCGCCACCAUCGCUCUGUCGCUUCAAGCACGGUCCAUAGAGACGGGCGAACGCCGGGUUCUAGGCGCUGUUGCUUUCGCGCUCCCUUUCAUCGCUGUCCGUAUUGUAUACUCGGCAGUCGCGACGUACAGCUCCUCCAACAGGAACUUUCGCUGGUUCGACGCCGGCCCCUCGUACUACAACUACCUCAUCGGCAUGGACGUCUGCAUGGAGAUGCUUGCGGUUCUCGUCUUCUUGACUGCUGGCUUGCUCAUCAAGCAACUGCGGACGGCUGCGCCUGACAAUGCUUCUCCCACCGAAUCUCAGACUUCAAGCUACCGCCACAAUGGGAAAUAAGAGUGAAUACCGAAGAAGGGGAAGAUACGUACGGGCAGAUGGGAGAUAAGCAUGCCUAAGAGCAGUGCCAGUGUAUAAAUAAUGCAGUGGGAACUUCUCCCAAUGGCGAAGUCUGGUCGAGCAUCUUCAAACACAUACUGAUAGAGAUAUACGAUACGUGAUCUCAAUACAUUUAUAUGCAUUGCGUAUGAGCAAC